AUGUCGCUCUACACGCCAUCCUCAAAAGCAGCCAAGCGUCGCGCGGCCAACCUAGGCGCUUCCACCAGCAACCACACAUCCACGCCCAACCAUCUCUCGACGUCAGCCUCCUCGAGGAUGGUCAAUUCGCACCACCACAUCGAAAAUGCCUUGACAGACGAACAGCGACAAGAAAUCAAGGAAGCCUUUGAGCUCUUUGAUACAGACAAAGACGGCGCUAUCGACUACCACGAGCUCAAAGUAGCCAUGCGUGCGCUUGGCUUUGAUCUGAAAAAGGCCGAAGUGCUCAAAUUGCUGCGCGAUCAUGACAAGACCAAUUCUGGCCUGCUCGAGUGGGACGACUUCAACAGGAUCAUGUCUGAAAGAAUCGCAGCCAGAGACCCAAUGGACGAGAUCCGUAAGGCGUUUGCGCUGUUCGACGACGAUGCAACAGGCAAGAUCUCACUCAGGAAUCUCAAACGUGUAGCAAAGGAGCUAGGCGAAACCUUGGAUGACGACGAGCUGCAGGCUAUGAUCGACGAGUUCGACCUCGACCAGGAUGGCGAGAUCAACGAGAACGAGUUUAUUCAGAUCAUGAUGGACGAUUCCUAG